UUUUUCCCUCUUUACAAUAGACUGAGGAAGAAAAACCAUUCGCUGACUUUCUGACAAGCUAGAGAAGAGGAGCAAGGGAGAGCAGUCGAGAUUUCUCUCCUUAAUUAGCCUGUGCUCUUCAAAGGAUAUCUACUAUCAAUUACUUGUUGCACAAAAGAAUGGAGUCUAGUGCCAUUGGUGAGACAAAAGAAGCAACAACAGUUAGCACAAAUGUAAAUCUCGAAGACAUCCCAACAGUUACAAAGGUUCUCCUCAAUGAGAAUCACCGCAAGAAAGGAUUCCUGCAUUUUUUGAAAGCUAAUCCAUCGAAAGAUUGGUUUCACAAAUUCAAUUUUGUAACCAGAAUCCAUCCUUUCUACUUCUUCAACAGAAGUCGGAGCCAGAACACAAGGAGCAGCUCUUCACAUCCUGAUCUCAUAACCGGCACCAUAAAUGGGAGCCACCGCUUCCAUAUCCCUUUUAUCAGAAAGAUCAACUGGGAAGCCAUUGUUAGAUACUGCAAGAACUGGAUCAAGCACCCAAUGAAUAAAGCUCUUCUUGUUUGGUUCUUCUUUGUUGCUGCCUGCCUUGUUGUGCUCUUCCUGUUCAUGGUUGGGCUCCUCAACAAUGCCAUCCCGAAAAGCUCGGUUCGAAAGAAAUGGACAGAGAUCUUCAACCAAAUCCUCAAUGCUCUCUUCACCAUCAUGUGCUUGUAUCAGCACCCGAGGAUCUUCCACCAUUUGGUUCUCUUAUGUAAGUGGAGAUCAAAGGACAUUCUGGAGCUGAGAAAGAUAUACUGCAAGAAUGGAACAAGAAAGCCACAUGAGAGAGCUCAUAUGAUGUUUGUUGUUGUCCUCCUGCACAUAACUUGUUUCUCUCAAUAUGGCCUUUGUACUCUCUUUUGGGCAUAUUCAAGCGACACGAGGCCUGCCUGGCCACAGAUUAUCUGCAUUGCUACAGGAACUGUAGCACCAGUCAUUGCUGGUAUUUAUGCAUUCUUUGGCCCUCUUGGAAGGAAGACUGAAGCUGAGAACGAUGAAGAAGCGGUGAGUCAGGUAGCCAUGACAAUAAAUAGCAGAGAUGAGAAUUCGAAUGAGAUAAGGCAAUACAGCAAUAGGGUGGUGGAUACUUCACCAGAGUGGAUUGGAGGACUCUUUGAUUGCUGGGAUUAUCAAGCUGUUGCUUCUCUCUCCUUCUUCUGCACAUUCUGCGUUUUCGGAUGGAACAUGGAGAGGCUUGGAUUUGGUAACAUGUAUGUUCACAUCUUCACAUUCGUAUUUCUCUGCGGUGCAACAGUUAUAGUGUUCUCCGUAACAGCUCUCAAUAUCAAUGAUGUUGUAAUUAGAUACAUGGUGGGGAUUACAGGCAUUGUUCUUUGCAUGUUUGGGCUUCUAUAUGGAGGAUUUUGGAGGAUUCAAAUGAGAAAGAAAUUCAAACUUCCUGAAAACCAUUUCUGCUGUGGGUAUCCAGAUUUCACUGAUUUCAUGCAAUGGCUAUUCUGUUGGUCAUGCUCGCUGGCUCAGGAAGUGAGGACUGGGAACUUUUAUGAUGUUGAGGAUGGUAGAUUUUAUAGGAAGGAAAGUGAGGAGGGGGAAAAUCAGCAAGUGAUGGCCAUGCCAAGUUUUGGUUCAGCAAAUAUCCACCCCGCAGUAGACCUAGAUGAUGACCUGGAGAUUCGGAAAUGCAGAAGAGGAGAGAUUCAUGAAGCUGAGAUUGAUGAGACUACGAGGCCUCCACUUCUGCCAGUAAUCUGAUGCAAGGGUCUAUAAGUGCAAUUUGUAAUUAGAUUGUGUUAGUAACUUUUAAAGUGCCUUUGUAGUUUAUAAAUAAAUAAGUAUUAAAUGUUUAAUAUAUUUUUGGAGAGUAUGAAGGAAUGAAUGAUGUAAUGAACAACUAUUUUGGUCUUCAAUUACCUUCAUUCUCUUUCUUAACCUUGCAUUUUAUGGAUUUUUAUCAUCUGAUUAGAAGAUA